CUAAGAACAAUUAUAAUACUAGGAAGGCACAUUUCUACAUCCAUCCAAUGAAAAACAGCCUGAGUCUUGUCCAAACCACAGCCAUUAGAGAUAAUGGAACAUAAUGCAAUACAACUAUUUGGCAUUUUGCUGAUCUAUACAUUUGUGCGGCUCUUGGCAGCGCCAGCCUUCGAUGAUGGCAACAACAACAAUGUCAAAAUCACCAAGCAUAGUCUGGAGCUCACACAGACGAUUAAUAUACAACGUCAGGAGUUUAUGCAGCGACAAUGUGAUCUACUGGAUGCCGACAUGCAGACGUUGGAUGAUCUUACAGAACUGCAAAUGGAUCACAUGAUUGUGGAUAAGGAGCACAAACUGCUCUACUGCUACGUGCCAAAGGUGGCCUGCACGAAUUGGAAGCGGGUGCUGAUGCUCUUGAUGGGCAAAUGGCAGAACGGCACGGAUCCUUUGCUAAUACCUGGUUCGCUGGCCCAUUCUGUGGGCAUGUUCACCAAGUUCUAUGAUCUCAGUGAGGAGGAGCGCGCUCAGGUGCUCAGUGAGGACUAUACACGCUUCAUUCUGGUGCGGCAUCCAUUCGAGCGGCUGCUCUCUGCGUAUCGCAACAAGCUGGAGGGAGGUUCUCCUAGUGCCAGGUACUUUCAGUUGCGUGUGGGUCGACAGAUUGUGCGCGAACUGCGACCGGGCGCUAGUAACGCGUCUCUAGAUCAGGGCAACGAUGUUCAGUUUAGCGAGUUUGUGCGGUAUCUGCUAACGCCGAGGCUAAGUCGCACCAAUCAAACAGACUACAACGAACACUGGGAGGUGAUUGCCAAGCUGUGCAAUCCCUGUGUCAUGAAGUACAACGUUGUGGGCAAAUACGACACUUUACUGGAUGAUUCCGCCUUGGCGCUCUAUCUGGCGGGUGCCAAGAACUUGACAUUCCCUAUCGGCCACAAGCAGUCCAGCACACGUGCAAACCUAAGGAAAUACUUUGACCCACUACCAAUUGGCGCUAUACGUCGUCUAUAUGAAAUCUAUGAGGAGGACUUUCGUCUAUUCGACUAUGGCAUGGAUGAUGUCUUAGGCUUUGAAUUCGGCUGAUAAUUCUCUGAAUAUAUACAUAUAUGAAAUAAGCGAAAAUGUGUAUAAAAAUUAUUUGUUCGCCAAUGUCCAUGUAAUGAACACUUGGCAUGCUUAUGAUGUGAAUAUCCAUGUCACUUACC